UUUCAGUAGUCGAGCUAUAAAAAGCAUCUUCAGCUCGCGCACAAAUUUUAAUCAGUACGAAAAGCUGCGCCCGUCCACAACGGAAACCGCAAACGAAACGCAUUCAAAAAUUUAUUGAAUACUCGUGUUCAGGCGCAAUAAAAGUGAAACAUCCCAUUAACGCCACUCAAAAUGUCUCAUAAAAAAUCUGUGGUGGUGCUGCUUCUGUUCUUCGGCCUGGCGCUGCACUCGAGUGCGGUGCGAGCGGAUGUGUCGCACCUGGACUACUCCAUCUCCGCCAGCCCCCAGCUGGGCGCCUAUCACUAUCCAGUGCCACGUGCUCCGCAGCGUGCGCAGCAGCAGGUGGCACGCCAGUUUGUGGAGCCAGCGCUGGAGCAUGCGGCAUUCACACAGGUGCUCACCAGUCGGGGCUAUGUUUUCGGUGGUAAUGCAGCCCCUAUUGCUGCACCACUGACAGCGCCGGCCCCUGCACCUGCUCCGGCUCCAGCAGCAGCAACGGGCCGUGCCAUAGCCACCCAUUCGGACAGCAAUUCGCUGAAUCUGAAGCUGCCCGUGCCCUUUGGCCUGAUGCCGUUGAAUGUGGCGAAUUUGCCGCUCCAGGCGGGCGCCUCCUAUGCCACAGUGCCGCACACCACCGGCCUGACCUCCUACGGCACCGCGCAAAUACAAAGGCGCUGAGCACCACCGAGCCACAGCAACAACAA